UCAAAUGGGGAAUCAAUCACGGGCUAAGACUUUAACUUAGAGAAUAUUAAAAAAUGCAUUUAGAUUUAGAAGACUAAAGCUUCAUUCAUUCAAGUGGGAGGUAGACAUUUGUGUCAUUGAAUGUCGAUAACGUGACUAAUCUCUUUCUCCCUUUCCGACACUCAAAAAAAUCUGCUCGCACUCUCAACUUUCCAUUCCAAUUCGCAGAUCCAUUUUUCUAUCUUCAUCGAUUUGUUGAAAUAAAUGGCCUUAGUCACCACUGCUGAAGUGUGUGAUGCAAACCCACAGUUAAUUUUAAGUGGGGAGCUUCGAGCCCUUCAGCCAAUUUUUCAGAUUUACGGUCGAAGACAGGUCUUUUCCGGACCAAUAGUUACCUUAAAGGUGUUUGAAGACAAUGUCUUAGUUCGAGAGUUUCUUGAAGAGAAAGGCAAUGGAAGAGUGCUUGUUGUAGACGGGGGUGCGAGUUCGCGCUGUGCAAUAUUGGGUGGCAACCCUGUAGUGCAAGCACAGAACAAUGGAUGGGCAGGUAUUAUUGUGAAUGGAUGUAUAAGAGAUGUAGACGAGAUCAACGGUUGUGAUAUCGGUGUGAGAGCUCUUGGUUCUCAUCCCAUGAAAGCCAAUAAGAAAGGUAUGGGAGAAAAGCAUGUUCCCAUAACUAUUGCUGGGACAAGGAUCUCUGAUGGGGAAUGGCUUUAUGCAGACACGGAUGGAAUUCUUAUCUCUCGAACAGAGCUUUCUGUUUGAUUCUAAUUCAUGUGUAAGGACUAUAUUUCCUAGCUUCCGCAAAUUUGCAACGUUAUUAGUCUCCAUGAUAAUGAAACUAGAUUGGAAUGUUUGCCUCCUAUACACCAACUUUAUGCAUGUUUUGAUGAGCCGGGGGAUUGAAAAAUCACGGCGAGCCAUCAUGAUUUCGUGAAGUUACGAAGUGUAGUAUGUCAAAAUUAUUGUAGUUUACUGUGAUUUUGUCAAUCUCAUCUGAUUCCAAAUCUGCACUUUAUCUCUA